AUAUAAUAGAAUUGAUAGGGAUAGGGAGCUGAAAAGUCAUUUAAUUUUUUAUAUAGAUUUUUGUUAUUGCAAUGACACACAACAAUGAAUUGUUCAGAAGAGCAGGAGCUUUUAUUAUGUACUUAACAGGGUCAAAUUUGAUCUUAUGUUCUUUAAUUUGUUCUUAUGUCCGGUUUAUUUAUGUUCUGAAUGGAGCUGCUAAAAAUGAACUUUAACUGUAACUUUAUCUGUUUCAGGAUCAAGAUGUUGCUGGUGUCACAGGUCAUGUCCCUCCUCCUCCUCCUCCUCCUCCUCCUCUGUGUGAUGGAGCUCGUCUGUGCCACAUCUGUCAGUCCUUCACUGCAUCAGCCUCCUCUCACACGUGUUCGCAUUAUUGAAGUCGAGGACGACUACGAUGAAGAAAGUUCAAAGAUGACGCACGCGCCCCAGUCUCCAGGGGUCACGACCUCUCGUGUAAUCCGUCGACCUUGUGAUUAUGACCCCUGUGCGGUUCAAACGACCCCUUGCAACAAGAUUUCAGCCAAGAUGGGCUGCCUCUGUCCUGGGCUGACGGGGCCUGAGGAGAGACCCGAGGCUCCGGAGCUCCGGGAGGUGAAGCUGGACGGAUCUGGGGAAGUCUUUGUGCACUGGUGCGCUCCUCGCUCCACUAUCACCCAUUAUGAGGUCACACUGAAAGAUGGAAACAAGCAGCUGGUUUUCGGAGAAUAUUUAAGAAACGGUGCCGUACCCGGACUGAAAGUCGGGGAGAUGGUGUGCGUGGCAGCCGGGAAUCAAGCGGGACUCAGCGAGAAGUCGUGUGCACGAUAUGAGUCGCCGCAACCCGACCAGGUGGCUGUGAGCACAGGGAUCAUCGCGGGGAGCGUCGGAUUCCUGCUGCUGCUCUCAGCGCUCGCCGUUGUACUGUGGAGACGAAAGACGUGUCGGAAAGGCAGGAUGGGAGACGCCGAGGGCCUCGGAAAUCCUUCAUACACCAAUGACAGAGCACUGUGAUGAGGAAACAAAUGCAUGGAGAAUGAAACAAGCUGCAAAGAGUUUUGUACAAGUGCACUAUCGGUCAAAAGACUGGAAUUAUUAUGUUUUUUUG